GUUCAGGUCCUUGGUCGUGGCAGAUGUCGAUGUCGAGGGUGGGCAUGUGAUAUCGGUCCCGGACGACCGGAUCCGAGGAGUCCAGAGUACUCGAAUCCUCAAAGAGGAGGAAUGGUCUUGGUAAAGUUUCUUUGUACAGUUCCUUCGUCCUGGUUCUCUCUCGAUCGCGCGGUGCAGCUCUUGCAGCAUUCAUUCCCGACGUCAUGAGCGACGACGUUCAACGCUGCCCCACCAACAACCCCGCUCGAUCAUUCAGCUAUAUAUCAAUCACGUCAAGAAGACCCAUAUAAGCCUGCCAAUUCAUUCAGCUGUAUAUCAAUCGAAUUAUCCAGCAGAUCGAUCAAUCCGGACCACCGCGAAUCCACAGCAGCGACGAUGAAGUCUUUCCUUUACUCCCGUGCGCCGUCGCCGACGAGAGAGCAUGCCAAGACCUCGAAGAAGGGAAACAAGCGUGAUACAUUCUACGUAACAGGAGGACCUCCAAUCCACGCAGGUGUUUACGACUCCCUCUCCGACCCCCCCCUCCCCGACCUGCCGAAAAUCCACGCCGUAAUGAUAAAAUAUCACAUCACAUUCACACCGUCAAAACCCCUUCCCGCACAAUCCCUCACCGCGAAAUUUCUCGGCAUGAAGGAGAUCAGCGUAGACUACGCACAAGGCGACAACAUGGGCCAAAUGGAUCGGAGGAGCGCACAGGAAGUCGUAUUGGGGAUGGAGUGGAAUUUGUGGGGAAAGGGGCCAGAUGGCGGGUGGGUCGGUGACGAUGAGGUGUUGAAGGAGGGGAAAGAGUAUACGUUUGACAUUGUUGCGAAGUUACCGGAGAAGACGCCGAGAAGUAUCUCAACUCACUCCGGCUCGAUAUCCUACUCCCUCAAAGUCUCCAUGAAACCCCACUUCAUCCCGUCCCUCAAUCUUCCCGUCCUCAACCCAUUCUCUCUCAACCCACUCUCACCCCGCCAGGGCUUCACCUUCAACUCGCGCGAAACGAUUGACAUGAUCGGUGCGGAUCAUGAGUUGGGGAAGGGCGAGAGAGUGCAUGUCGAGUUCCCGGAUCAGUGCUACAAGGGCCCCGGAUGCGAAUUCCCGUUAAGUGUGACAGUUGGUGGGGGAAAGGUACACGAUAUCGAAAAGGUGGAAGCCCGAAUCAUGCAAACCGUCCAAUGGAAUUACCAAGGAAAACCCUUCACCCAAGACAUCUACCCAGUGACCCCCUUCACCUCCGCCCACCUCAGCACAUCCUCCCCCUCCCCCUCUCCGCGUCCCUCAAUCUCCCACCCCCCCUCCACGCACUCCGCCUCCCACGCCUCCGGCACCGCAACCCCGACCCAACCACACGCAACACUCUCCAUCCCACUCCCGGACAGCAUCCACGGCGCCUACACCGGCCCGCACCACUCGGUGAAGCAUCAAUUGAUGUUGGUGUUCCAUCGGAAGGGAUGGUUGAGGAAGAGGGUUGAGUGGUAUAAGGACGUUGAGAUUUUUCAUCGGGAUGUUGGGGAGGAGUUUGAGGGGGUACCUGGGGUUAUUGAGGAGCCGGUGGGCAUGGAUGUGGAUAGGUUGAAGAGGGAGUUGGAGAGGGUCAAGAUGAAGGGGAGACGGUGAGGUGUGGAAGUCAGUAAGCAGGGGAUUUGGUGAACGUGGAAUUCUUUGGUGAGGAUAUGAUUGCGGUGAUUCAGGAUAUCGGUAAUGUCCCAUCGUUAAGGGAAUAUACUCAAACCUUCUCUCCUCCAAUUUCAUCCCAUCCGCAAUAUCUAGAGAACAGAACUCAACACCAUCGGCCCCUCAACCUCCUUCCUCUUCUCCGCUCCCAGCGCCUUCUCAACG